AUGGAAAAUUCGGAAUCACCAACAACACCAUGUAUUCAUGACAUCGAAUUAGAAAAGUCUGAAAAUUUGGAGAUGUCAAAUACAUCAGAUGAAAAUAUGUUGGCACAGAUAAAGGAACUAUUUGGUGAUGAAAUUGCCAGCGCUUUUGAAAGUAAGUAGUGAUGAUAAACUAUCAGAAUUCUGUACCCUGUGUUCUUGUAAUAUAAAUACAAUAAUAUACAUUUGCAUGUACCAUUAUAUUAUUUAUAUAUAAAAGUAUAACAGUACGUGCACAUGUUUAAUACUAUACUGCUAUAUAUUCCUUAUUUAUACAAAUUGUCAAUUGCAAGUACUAAAUGUCACGAAUAUGUUAUAAUAUCAGAAUAUAUAUUUACCAAUAUAGUGCAAUAUAUACAAAUGUACAAUGUACUUAGUCAAAACUAGAACACUUCGUGUCAGUUCGUGCCUGGUACGAAUAUUCGUGUCCUCGUGUAAAGUAGUCAUGUGAUAGAUAAUAUAAAUUAACAUAAUUAUUAUCCUUCUAACACUAUAUUUGUCAUUGUAGGGGAAGAGAUUGUUACUGAAGAGGCUAUAAGAGAUUGCUUAUCCAGAGAUUCAGAUGCUCCCAUUUUUGGAAGACUUGGCCUGUCCUAUGGUAAAGCUGUUCACUUCAAAGCAACAUUUGAAAAGAUUUUCCCACAGGAAAAUGUAGUCAGGGGGAAUAAAAGAUCUAGAUCAUCUACACCCUCACCUACUAAUGUGAAGCCAUCCAUGGGUGACAUGGCUUUUUUCUCACCAGAACAGAAGGUCUUGUAUCUUGCUAAGUAAGUGAAUGGGGCAAGCAUUGUUUGUUAUAAUAUUUUGCUGAGAAAAAGUUCACACUCUAGAUCUACAUUGGUCGCUUACCUCAAAAGGCCAUCAGACUGUAGUGGCCUACUGGCCUUUUGAGGUAAGCAAAAAUCUACAUUUGCUCUGUCUAUACUGAUGCAGAUAUUGCACAGCACACUCCCUAUUAGGGUUUAUUGUGCAUACUAUUAGAUAGACAGAACCGGAAGCAGACCGAGGUAAACUGUGAGCUUACAAUGGCGCUUUAAGCAGCCGCUAUUAGUCCAUACCUCAUUAAUGAUCUGCCCCCUGACCUAUGUGUUUAACCCACCCUGUCAACUUUCCCUGUGGGAGGAAACCGGAGUACCCGGAGAAAACCCUGGAUCCGGAGUACUCGGAGAAAACCCUGGAGUACCUGUGUGAAAACUUGUUAUACGGUUUCCAUAUGAUCUUUAAAAUUUUAUUAAGAGUAUUAACCAUGAUUCAAGGUUUAAUUUUCUUUGUUAUAUAUAUAGACAUAAGAAAGUUGGAGUGUUAGCUUCAGAACAUUGGAAAGAUAACCCUGCCCCAAAAUUUAAUACACCUCAAAUGAAAUCAGCAUUGGCAAAAUUUGCAGAACAAAUUGCACCACAAUGUGCAAUGCCAGAAAUAGGUUUUACUGUUGAUGGGAUUGUCAAACAUGUGCAGUGUUUCUUCAAUGAACAACGAAGAUACAGAAAUAGAAAACCACCAGUUGAUUUAAAGGUACAUAUACAGUAUGCUGUAUUACAUUUUUUAUUACUUGUUUUUAACCCAUUAGCUGGCAUUGCACACCCCCAAUGAGCCCUACAUUAGUAUUUACCUGUCUAACGCCAGAUGGUUUACUUGUCAGUGGUAGAUUACUACCAGUUAAUGGGCUAAAAACUGAUUACUGAUUACUCUUGUUAACCCAUUAGUGGGCAAUGUGCCCAAAUGCACCCUACUUUAGUAUUUACUCUGUCUAACACCAGACGAUUUUAUUCGUCAGUGGUAGAGUACUGGUCGUUAAUGGUUAACAAACCUAUCUGCCCAUGUCUCUCGUUAACCCAUAGCGGGCAAUGCGCCCAAAUGUGCCCACUUCAGACAGUAUUUACUCUAUCUAACACCAGACAAUUUUACUCGUCAGUGGUAGAGCACUGCCACUAAAUGUGUUCACCAUCCUAUCUGUCAACGACUCUUAUUAAAUACAUCUGCCAAAUGUCUCCUAGCUAUUAACCCAUUAGCUGGCAGUGUGCCCAAAUGUACCCCACAUUAGCAUUUGCUCUGUCUAACGCCAGACAAACGAUUUUAACUCAUCAGUAGUAGGGUGCUGUUAACAAAUCUGCCAAUGGCUCUUAUUAGCAAAUAUAUCUGCCAAUGUCUCUUAUAGUUAACAAACUAUUUUACUUGUCAGUGAUAGAGAACUGCCAGUAAAUGGGUUAAAUUAACAAACCUAGCUAUCUGCCAAUGUCUCUUAUUAACCUGUUAGUACUACUACUUUAGUAUUUACAGAACUCUGUCUAAGGCCUAAAAAAAUACCUGUGGUUCCGGUUUCAUAUCGUGAAAAAAUUAGGGUCGGCAGGUCGGAAAUAAAAUUUUUUUUAAAUAUUAUUUUCAUGGUUUUGGCGGUUUUUUGUUGGGCGAUUUGCAGUAGAGUCCUGACAUCAAUAUUAACUCGAGAUGUGUAUUUACUAUGGACGAAUUUAGGCAAUUUGGUUCAAUAAUUAGUGUGACAACAGAUGCCAUUUUGGCAUGCUGUACGAGCAGCCCGCAACCACCUGGAGAAAAGAGGGUUGCACGGUCAAUCGCGUUGAAAAAAUAAUAGGGUCGGCAGAAAAAAAUAGGGUCGGUCGGGAACUGGAACCACAGGUAUUUUUUUUACGCCCUAUUUUUUUCUGCCGACCCUAUUAUUUUUUCAAUGUGAUUGACCGUGCGACCCUAUUUUCUCCAGGUGGUUGUGGGCUGCUCAUACAGCAUGACAAAAUGGUGUCUGUUAAUUGUCACACUAAUUACUGCAGAAACCAUGAAAAAAUAUUCAAAAAAAAUUUAUUUCCAACCUACCGAUCCUAAUUUUUUUGUGAUAUGAAACCGGAACCACAGGUAUUUUUUAUGCCUAAUGCCAUACAUAUUUAUUCUGUCUAACACCAGACGAUUUCAUUCGUCAGUGGUAGCUAGAGUACUGCCAGUAAAUGAGUUAAAUGAUGAAAUGUAACAUAAUAUAUUUAUAGGUUUCCAAUUCAACAAAAGAAGAUCCAAAGUUCCCUGAACUGUUAACUAUUUCUCCAAAUGAGAAGUCCCAGGUUCUUCAAAAAAGCUGAAGGUACGUGUACAGAUUGGAAAUUGCAUGUGAACUUUGCUUUUUCCUUAACUGAUGUACGCAUGCAACAAAUUUAGCUAACUAGUACUGAGAAUAUUGUCAGUCGUACUGCAUGUCCAGAGAUGUCAAAAGGAAAAGUAUUUUGAUCUUCGUUAGCAUCCAGUUCAUUUAUAAUAUUUCAAUGUAUUUUACUCAUUCACUGUUAUAAAGGUUUUAGUACCUAUAGUUUUAUACUUAGUCUCUGGAACAUUUUCUUGCAUUAAUAUUUUCCUUUUUCCUGCAUGUAGCGAGUUAAAAGAAUUAGUGAUGAUGGAUCAGGAAGUGAUACUGGGAACGAUCAUGGUGCCCAAUCUGCAAGUACUCUUUCACCAAAUAGUGAUUUGGAUUCAUAA